AGUUAAUCUUUCCUGACUGGCGUGACAUUGCUUCUUUUUCUUUAUCCUGAGAGGAUCCCCAAAGGAGAAGAUCCCCAAGUUGCCAUGAACUCCGCCAUCACCAUCUGUGAGCACCCCGCCCCAUUGAGGGGUGAUGAUGUGCUCGGCUCUCACAGUGACGGCCAAAGCAGGAAGAGGGACGGCCAGCGCAGGAGUCCCAGCAGCAGCCACCUGGCCUACGGCGUUCUGGACAUCCCUCCGUGGUAUCUCUGCAUCUUCUUGGGGAUCCAGCACUUCCUCACGGCCCUGGGGGGGCUCGUGGCAGUGCCACUCAUCCUGGCCAAGGACCUGUGUCUGCAGCAUGACCCCCUGACCCAGAGCUACCUCAUCAGCACCAUUUUCUUCGUCUCUGGCAUCUGCACUCUCCUGCAAGUGUUAUUAGGAGUCAGGAAAUACAACAAUUCUUUCAUUACCGCCUUCUCUGUGGAGGAACGGGAGACUAGUGCCUACAUCCUUGCCAGGUUAUCUCCCUUCUUCCCUCUUCCUGCUUCUGACACCACCUCUGUGAGCCCAGGUUUCUUCCAAACCCCUACCAAGGACUCAGACAGCUCUACUAUUGUGGGCACCUAUGAUGUUGACAGAGAAGAUCAUGAAGGGUCUAUUUCAACUGGAGAAUCAGUGGCGAAAGUGCCUGUGGGUUUAGCCUUCUAG